UGGUGGGGAAAAUGAUGAUGACUCUGAUCAGAACUGGAAACCACCAGAAAAUGACCUGAUCCAGAAGUUAAUAGCACAGAUUGAAUACUACUUCUCAGAUGAGAACCUUGAGAAAGAUGCCUUCCUUCUAAAGCAUGUGAGAAGAAAUAAGAUGGGCUAUGUCAGUGUUAAACUCCUCACUUCUUUUAAGAAGGUGAAACACCUUACCCGUGACUGGAGAACCACAGCCUAUGCACUGAAGUACUCGGACACUCUUGAGCUCAAUGACGAUAACAAAAAGGUUAGAAGAAAAACUCCAGUUCCAGUGUUUCCAAGUGAAAACCUCCCUACCAGGAUGUUACUGGUGUAUGAUAUCCACGUGGUUUCUGAGCCGCAAGCUCUUCACAAACAACAAGAAAAUGGAUGCAUGCAAGAAAGGAUAAUGGAGCAUCUCCUCAAAGCCUUUGUAACUUUUGGUGUAAUUUCAUCAGUUCGUAUUCUCAAGCCUGGUAGGGAGCUACCACCUGAUAUCAGGAGGGUCAGCAAUCGGUACACCCAACUGGGAACUCAGGAAUGUGCAAUUAUAGAAUUUGAAGAAGUAGAUGCUGCUGUACGUGCUCAUGACUUCAUGUGUGCUGAAAAGGAGAUUGGGAUGCAAGUUGUCCUAAUAGGCAUGAAACCUCCAAAGAAAAAAGUUCCCAAAGACAAGAAUUGUGAUGAAGAUACCAGCAAGUGUCUUAAGAAGGCUAGAUCCCUUAAUAAGAGAGUUGAGGAACUUCAGUUUGUUGGUGAUGAAUCGUCAGCAAAUAGCUCUUCUGACCCAGAGAGUAAUCCUACAUCACCACUGUCAGGACGCAGAAGUAUGGCAACAAAUACAAUUCAUUUGAGUCCCGUCAUUCACCCAACCAACCAUCUGAGUCCUAAUGCGUCACCCAGAUCAAGUCCUUGGAACAGUCCAUCUUCACUAAGAAAAGUAACCAAAAAGUCUCCGCUAGCUGAGGACAGCAAGCUUAACCUAAGCAGUAGCCCUGAAAUUCCAAGGCAAUGUACAGAUUACUCCUCAGACAGCAGUAUCACUCCUUCUGGUAGCCCCUGGGUACAGAGAAGAAAAGCUCAAACUGUAACACAAGAGAAGAGUCCCGUCAGUAGCCCCAUGUUAGCUCGGAAAAUACAAAAUGCAGAUGGUCUACCUGUAGGGGUGGUGCGGCUGCCUAAAGGGCCUGAUGGCACCAAAGGAUUCCACAAUGGAUGUGAAAGAAGGAAGGUGACAAAGAAUGAAUAAAUCAUUCUUUAAAAACUAUUUCACAAAGCAGUCAACUGCUUUUGUUCAAGCCUGGUGAAAAACUGUCACUUGCUUGACUGAGUUAAGUCAGUAUUUAAUUUUAAAAUAUUCUGUAUUCAUAUAGAAACUUCAUCAUUUGUAUAUUUUUAUAUUCACUUCACAGAAUCGCAGAAUAGUUGAGGUUGGAAGGCAUCUCUGGAGAUUGUCCAGUCCACUUCCUUUGC